CCUACCUCCCUCCACCCCUACCUCCCUCCACCCCUCCCUCCCUCGCUCCCUCAAUCUCUGAUGGCUCUAUGGGGCUUCCUCAGUGUCAGCCUGCACUGCUGGGUCUGGCUCUGGGCCGGGGCCCCUAUCUCGACCAGCUUGCCCCAUGACCGCCCCGGAGGGCCCCUGGACUGGCUGCUGUCCGACAAGGGCCCCUUCCACCACUCCCAGGAGUACACAGACUUCGUUGAGAGGAACCGGCAGGGCUUCUCCACCCGCUACAAGAUAUACCGAGAGUUUGGGAGAUGGAAGGUGAACAACCUGGCUGUGGAGAGGAGAGACUUCCUGGAGUCGCCGUUGCCCCUGACACCAGAGUUCAUCCGUAACAUCCGUCUCCUGGGUCGGAGACCCACCACCCAACUCAUCACUGACAACCUGAUCAGGAAGUAUGGAACACACUUCCUGCUGUCGGCCACGCUGGGAGGGGAAGAGGCCUUAACGAUAUUUGUGGACAAGAGAAAGCUGAGUAAGAAGGCGGAGGUGAGCGAAUACUCUGGCUCUGGCAACUCGUCCAGCGUAUCUCUGGAGGCUCUGCACCAGCUGGCUGCCUCCUACUUCAUAGACAGAGAGAGCACCCUGCGCAAGCUGCACCACAUCCAGAUAGCAUCCACAGCCAUUAAGGUAACAGAGACCCGGACAGGCCCUCUCGGAUGCAGUAACUAUGACAACCUUGAUUCUGUCAGCUCUGUUCUGGUUCAGAGUCCGGAAAACAAAGUCCACUUGCAAGGCCUGCAGGUUAUCCUGCCAGACUACCUGAGGGACAGUUUUGUCCAGGCUGCUCUAAGCUACAUCGCCUGUAAUGGGGAGGGGGGCUUCGUCUGUAAGGACAAUGACUGCUGGUGCAAGUGUGACACCAAGUUCCCAGAAUGCAACUGUCCCUACAUGGACAUCCAAGCCAUGGAGGACAGUCUACAGAGGAUCACUGAGACCUGGGGGACACUCUACAAGGAGUUUGAGGAUUCAGAUGAGUUCAAGACCUUCCUUAUGAGGCUCCCGCAGAACUUCUUCCUGAACGUGUCGACUAUCCAGCACCUUUGGUCGUUGGAUGGCGUGUUCCAGUGGCGCUAUGAGCAGCUGGAGAACAGCAUGAGUGUGCUCUUCAGACGAGCCCAGAGAGUGGUGUUCAAGCUCUUCAGCCUCAGCAAGAGGUGCCAGAGGCAGCCUCACAUCCGCCUACCCAGAGAAUGGCCCCAAUCCUACUGGCUGAUACACUUCCAGUCUCUCCUCUACUGUUCUGAGAACAACCAGCUGGGUUCCUUCUCUGAGGAGCUUCACAGCUGUACCUGCAGCUACGAGCACAGCCCUUGCCAGCUGCCCCCACCAUGUGCCAUCGGAGAGGGUCCCGCCUGCGCAGCCUGUGCCCCAGACAACCACACACGAUGUGGGAGCUGCAACCCUGGCUACGCCCUAACCCAGGGGGCCUGCAGACCCAUGGUGGCUGACUCAACAGAGAACUACCUGGGCUUUGAGACAGACCUACAGGACCUGGAGCUGAGAUACCUCCUUCAGAGGGCCGACCGUAGGCUGGAGGUCCACGCCAUCUUCAUCAGCAAUGACAUGCGUCUGAACAGCUGGUUUGACCCAUCCUGGAGGAAGAGGAUGCUGCUGACGCUGAAAAGCAACAAGUACAAGUCCAACCUGGUCCACAUGCUGCUGGGCGUGUCUCUCCAGAUCUGCCUGACCAAGAACAGCACCCUGGAGCCCGUCCUCACCCUCUACAUCAACCCCUUCGGAGGCAGCCACUCUGAGAGCUGGUACAUUCCAGUCAGUGAGAACAGCUUCCCAGACUGGACGGCCACCAAACUGGAUCUACCCCUGGAGUGCUUCAACUGGACCCUGACACUGGGCAACAAGUGGAAGACCUUCUUUGAGACCAUCCACAUCUACCUGCGGAGCCGGAUAAAGAUGCAGGGCGCUGGAGGUCCGGCGGGGGCUGUGAACGACAGCCUCUACUAUGAGCCAUUAGAAAUGGUAGACCCUUCACGGAACCUUGGCUACAUGAAGAUCAACAGCAUCCAAGUAUUUGGCUACAGCAUGCACUUUGACCCGGAAGCAAUCCAUGACCUGAUCCUGCAGCUGGACUACCCAUACACACAGGGGUCCCAGGACACGGCUCUGCUGCAGCUGCUGGAGAUCAGGGACCGGGUCAACAGACUGUCCCCCCCAGGUCAGCAGAGACUGGACCUGUUCGCCUGUCUGCUCAGACACCGGCUCAAACUGACCGCCAGUGAGGUGGUCCGCAUACACGCCUCCCUGCAGGCCUUCAGCAACCGCCUGCCAAACUCUCUGGAUUACGAGACCACCAAGCUGUGUAGUUAACAGCUACUAUGGAACGACUGGGAGACGUUAAAGCUCAACGGCUACAAGGGGAACUAUUGGAAGGCUAAAUGGUAUACUGCUACAGUAGUUUGACUUUCAAUAGUUUGUUGAUUCUCUGGAUUACAAGACCUUAAAUGUAUGUACUUAACCGUUACAGAGACACAAUAAGGACACGUGAAUUGUGUCUUUUGGCUUUCAGUUGGGUUGUGACUCAAUGACUUGUAUAUGGUUGAGAGAUGCUGGAAGCUGGUGCUUUUUUUGUCCACAGAAGACACACAAAAACUCUGACACCAUAAACAAAAACAGAUCUAGAAAAUCAAAUAUGUAACUCUCUCCACAUCACCAUCUUGUUUAAAUACAACCCUGCUCAUUUAUACAGUGUAUACUGAAGCCAACUGGAGGGACCUUUUAAGAUACAUGGUACAGUCUGUUUGUUUGUAACUCUUUUAUAUGUUAUUUUGCUUCAGUGACAGUGCACUUUCCAUAACGACCAGAAUACAGUGGUGUCAGUCAGAUUUGUAGAUAACUUGUUAUUAAAACAUCAUGGAGUAACAACUGUGGAGAAUAUUUGUCAAACUUAGAGCCGAGUAACAGCUGUUGUCACAUCUCAUUGUCAGACACAUUUAUCGCAGCAAUUAAAACCACUUAGGAACUGAGUGAAUGAAAUUAAACAUGAUAGCAGAGUUUGAUCAAAUAAUCAUGAACCUAUUUCAUUAAUUUAUGCGGUUAGUUUAUGGAUGAUGACCAAGCUUCUCCAUCCUAAUUAAGUAGACUUUGUAACAGGAACAAUUGAAGCAAUAUAUUGUUUAGUGAAUGUGCACACACACGGACACACACACACCAAAAAUGCAGAUAUGAGUGAACAAAGCUGAGAUUAUUGUAAAACUGGUUCCUUUAGGGUUGUGGCUUAAAAACCCACACAGUAUUUUUUUCCAUUAUCUGCAACAGGUUGAAUUGGAGCAGACCAGUAGACACCCCAGCUGCCCUCUAGGACCAGGAGUGAUAGGCAUCCAGUGCACUGGGUCACAGAUCCAUACCUGCAGUAUUCAUGUCAGGUCUAUAAGGUGCCAGAUCUCAUUUACUAACAUGGCCCGUAUCUCAUGGUAUGGCUGUCCAGCGGAGCAGCUGAAGGAGAGGUCACACACCUAUGAAGGUCAACGGCUGUCACCUCCAUUUGUCUGCAAUCCUCUUAU